UGUAAUACCUCCACAAUCUUCUGUAAGGAGAUUACUGUAUCUUCCUCUCAGUGUCCCGUAAGCUCACAGCCCACACACACACACACACACACACACACCCCUACGGGCAAAGCUCUCCUGUAAGGACCGUCCUUACUCCCCUCAGCACCAUGUGUGACCAGACGUUUUUAGCGAUCACGUUCGGCGCCUGCGACAACUGCAGCCAGAACAAACCUCUGAUGAACAUCUACCUGCAGAACGAGCCGGUUAACUACUGCUCGCUGUGUGUGGAGAAGAUGGCGUGUCAGGGUCUGGCGAAGGGGGAGAGCGUGGCGUCGCUGAAGGCCGAGGCGGAGAGUUUGAAGGUCAAACUGGAGCAGGAGAGAGCCAAACUGCACGAUGCAGACCUCAAUCAGAUGGCGGAGAAAGUGGAAGCUCUGGGUGCGGUCACGCUGAAGAACCGUCGCACGCUGAAGGGUCACAGUAGUAAAGUGCUGUGUAUGGACUGGUGCAGUGAUAAGAGACGCAUCGUCAGCUCCUCACAGGACGGGAAGGUCAUCGUCUGGGACGCCUUCACAACUAACAAGGAGCACGGUGUCACCAUGCCGUGUACGUGGGUGUUAGCGUGUGCGUACGCUCCCUCGGGCUGUGUGAUAGCGUGUGGUGGGUUGGAUAAUAAAUGCUCUGUCUAUCCCCUGUCUCUGGAUAAGAGUGAGAAUUUGGCAGCGAAGAGGAAACCGGUGGCCGUUCACACCAACUAUCUCUCCUCCUGCAGCUUCACCAACUCUGAUAUGCAGAUCCUGACCGCCAGCGGUGACGGUACGUGUGCAUUAUGGGAUGUAGAGAGCGGGCAGCUGCUGCAGAGUUUCCAUGGUCACUCGGCUGAUGUGCUCUCGCUGGACCUGGCUCCGUCUGAGACAGGAAACACCUUCGUCUCCGGAGGUUGUGAUAAGAAGGCUAAUGUGUGGGACAUGCGCUCCGGUCAGAACAUCCAGUCCUUCGACACUCACGAGUCGGACAUCAAUGCUGUAAAGUACUACCCGAGUGGUGAUGCUUUUGCCACUGCAUCUGACGAUGCUACAUGCCGUCUGUAUGACCUGAGGGCCGACCGCGAAGUGGCCGUUUACGCUAAAGAGAGCAUCAUCUUCGGCGCCUCCAGUGUGGACUUCUCCCUCAGUGGGCGACUGCUGUUUGCUGGCUAUAACGACUACACUAUAAACAUAUGGGACGUGUUAAAGGGCACCCGGGCGGCGAUCCUGUACGGGCACGAGAACCGGGUCAGUAAGGUCCGAGUGUCGCCUGACGGUACCGCGUUCUGCUCAGCAUCGUGGGACAACACACUACGGUUCUGGGCUUGAGUCGAGUCCUCAGUGUGUUUUGGAGCUGAUAUGAAGACGGAUUCACAACAGACUCUUUUAUUCUUAAACCUUUUAUUUGCUUAUUAAUUCCUCAGCGUGUCUCGUAGCUGGUCAGCAGAUCGUACAUUGUUGUUGUAUUUGUCCGCAGGUGAUUUAACGUUAUUAAAAAUCCAGGGUUAAGAGAGAAAUGUGUAUGUUGAUGGAGAAGCGUGACAUAAAUCAGUGUGUGCAGUAUGUAGUAUUGAGACAUUUAUAAAUACUAAACAUUAGCACCAUGUAAGUAGUGUAAUCAUGAACGUGUGGAUCCCGUAAUAUUAAUAUUAAAGUGAUUAAACACUACAGACCUGUAUUGUCUAAUGAGUUUUUAGUUUUUUUUGGUUUUUGAAGAAUAAAUGAAAUGUG